AUGUGUGUUUUUGGUUUUCGUAAAGAUUCUGAUAAAAGUAGAAUCUGGAUGUGGUUUGGUGGAUCUUAUUACAUUUUUAAUUGUGAAUUAUGUAGAAACUAAAAAAAAUUAAAGAAAUUGUAAUUUUGUGGUAAAUUUUCGGUUUGCUAUGAAUUAUUUUAAAAAUAUAGAUAACAUACAGCAACUAAACUCAUUAAUUUAUAAAAAUAGUCAGAUUAUAUUUAUUGCAAGAAUUGCUAAUAAAAAUUUUGUUUAGAGAAAAAGAAGAAUCAAUUAUUUAUUUCUACUUUUAUUUGCAUUCAUUCUGAAUAAUAAAAAAACAAACUAUGCAAAUUAUGUAGAAAAUUAGUAAAAAAAAAAGCAUAUAAAAGCUGUUAAAAAUGUUCUUUAUAACUUUGUUUUUUUGAUAUUAGUAGAAAAGUAAAAUGUCCUAUUUGUUAAUUUGUUUGCUGUGAAUUUUGUUAACAAGAAUAGCAACUAUUCUCCAAAAAAUAGUGUAAUUGUAAAAUUAUAAAAUUCUCUAAACAUCUCAUAUUUUAUUAAGGUUUAGCUUUUCUAAAUAUUGUAAUAUUUAUAUUGGUUUUAAUUUUCUCUUCUUAUUUUGAAGAAUCUGACUAUUACAAGUCAAUAAUAUGUACAAUUAAAGAUGGAUAUUCAAAUGAAAAAUGUACCAUUGAAUAAAUGUAUGAGGAUACUAAAAAAUAAUUAAUAAUUUUAAUUGGUUUUACCUGUGUAACGACAUUUAUUGUGACUGUUUUUAUUGAGAGCAUCAAGAUGAUUUUUGAAACAUAGUUUAAGUUAAUGAGAGCAAGAAGUUAGAAAUAUUGAAGAAUGUUUUCUAAUGAGAAUUAAGAAAAUUUUAUUAAGAAG